AUGGAAAUUGCAAUUUUGAAGAAACGAAAAACCUUAUCAAUAAAUGAUAAAUUCUUGAUAAUCCAAGAUCUGCAAAAUCAAAAAUCGCAUACACAAGUUUGUAAUGCUUAUCAACUAUCAUCCUCAACUGUAUCGACGAUUUGGAAAAAUCGCGAAAGUAUCAUCAAAUCCUUUGAGGAAUGUAGAGGAUCUAUCAAAAAAAGGCGCACUUGUAAAAACCCGGACAUCGAUAAGGCUCUCUACAAAUGGUUUCUCCAGAAAAGAAACCAGAAUGUGCCCAUCAAUGGACCAAUUUUACAAGUGCAAGCUGAUAAAUUUGCAGCGAUUAUCGGUGAUACCGACUUUAGUUGUAACCAUAGUUGGAUUUCAAGAUUUAUCAAGAGGCAUGAUAUUUCUUUUGGUAAAAUAUGCGGAGAAGCAAAUAGUGUCGAUUUUUCCAAAAUAGAUACGUGGAAAACAGAGCGGUGGGAUAAAAUUAAAGAUCAAUACGCGGAGGAUGAUAUUUUUAACGUCGAUGAAGCAGGAGUUUUUUACAACCUCAUGCCGGAUAAAACUUUCCGCACAAAAGGAGAAACUUGUGCUGGUGGAAAGUUAUCGAAAUUGAGGGUAACAGUUCUGAUCGGAGCAAAUAUGACAGGAAAAGAAAAAAGAAAAUUGUUCGUCAUUGGAAAGUCAAAAAAUCCUCUGUGCUUUAGAGGUGUCAAGCAAUUGCCAGUAAAGUAUAACGCAAAUACUAAAUCAUGUAUGACUGCCGAGCUUUUCGCCUCAGUAUUAGCCGAAUGGGAUACCGAAUUGAGAAAAAAAAAUAAUAGAAAAAUAUUACUUGUUGUUGACAAUUGUGCGGCACAUAACAAGAUACCGAGUUUUCCAAAUAUAAGUUUAAUUUAUUUUCCUCCGAACGUAACGUCGGUGUUACAACCAAUGGACCAAGGCGUUAUAAAAUGUUUUAAGGGCAUCUACAGAAGAAAACUAGUAUUAGAGUACAUCGACAACUUAAAUCGAGGAAUUACAAACUGUAAUGUUUCUCUGCUACAAGCAAUUCGUUUCAUGGCUGAAGCGUGGAAUGAAGUAACAGAGAAGACAAUUCGAAAUUGCUUCAUAAAAUCUGGUUUAUGUAGGGGAAACUUAGUAGAAAAAGACGAUGACAAUGAAAUGAGAUUAUCUGAUUGGCUGAGCUGUAAUCAAAUACAUCACAGUAUACCUACAGAAUUCAUCGACAACUACGAUGAGGAUGACAUGGAACUUCCAGUAGAGGCUUCUUAUUCUGAUGCGGAAAUUUUGAAUGAUGUGCUCGCACAAGAGAAUAUAAAUGACGAAGCAGAAAUUGAAAAUGAAGAACAUACUGAAGAAAUCGAGUUCGCAUCAAGUUCUGAAGCUUUAUCAGCAUUAAAAGUACUAUCGAGGUUUCAUGAGACUAAUGAACUUAACAACGAUAAUUUUUUUACGUAUUGGUCUAAAAUGAAAACAAUUGUCACUAAUUUCCAUUUGAAAAAAAAAGCUCCAAAGCAAAUACAACCCACAAUUUUAUGUUAG